UUCUAGCUAAUUGUUAUGAUAUUAACAAACCAAUAAUACUUUAUCUAGGUGUUUCUUGUAAAAAAUCAUAGUAGUUUAGCUUAUACAUCACCUUUUCCACCUAAACAACCUGAGUUUAGAUACACUGAAACUAAAGUGAAGAACUUUUCAAAGAGUUGACCAUAAAAAAAAUCUAAUAUGUGAGAAAAGAAAAAUCAUUCAGAUAAGUAAACAAGACUUGGUUUUCUCAUUAGGUCCUCACACUAACCGCGUUAAUCUCCCCCUCUUACAAAAAAAAACCAUUCCACAAAACACAACCAAACACUCACCGCCAUGAGAAGUCUUCUUCUCCCUCUUCAAUGGCAUUUAACUACUACUUUCUGUCUCUCCUUCUCGUUGUCUCCUCUUCCUCCUCCUUACUCUGCUUCUCCUUGCCCACUGUCUCCAUCUCCCACACCUCUGAUCAAACCCUCGUAUGUGCUCUCACCAACACCUCUCAUCUCCAGUGCACCAGCCUCCCACUCAAUCCCAUCCGGUUCUCUUUAGCCGGUACGCUCCAGAAGAACCGUAGAUUCUCCGGUGUAGUCUCGGGAAACGGGUUUGUAUGCGGUUUGAGAUCUCCCCUAGGUUCCAACGCUUCUACUAUCCUUUGCUGGAGAUUCUCCUCUAACGGAGCUAACAUGACGUACAAAAGAAUCUACAAAGGCCCUGAGCUCAAAGAGUUAGAAGCUAGCACUUCCCGUAUAUGCGGAGUUGAGAAAAUCAAGAACCGCACACGUUGCUGGCAGACUGUCUCUCGUCGUCCACGGUCGGAUAACUACGACUCCCUCGCCCUCGGGGAGGACUUUAUCUGCGGCUUAUCCAAGCCACCUGGGAGAAUCAGCUGUGAAGGUAAAGGAAAUAUAACCAAGCCCCCGAGUGGGGACCGCUUCAUAGCCAUCGCUGCUGGGUCAAGACAAGCGUGCGCCGUCACAGUAGACAGCGAUGUGGAGUGUUGGGGACAAACAUAUACCUCUCCGCCAAGUGAAAAAUUCUCAGCGCUUGCGGUCGGGGAAGACCGUAUCUGCGGCGUUAGAUGGGUUAACGGAACAGUGACGUGCUGGGGAAGCAACGGUUUCAGUUUACCUCGGAGACUUGAGAACGUUGAGUUCACAUCUAUUUACGCGAACGGGCUAAUCUUUUGCGGUGUGGUUAAAUCAAACUACACGCUGUAUUGCUGGGGAGAUCAUGAGAGUGUUUUCGCUCCGUUCCAAGACCAAACUGUACUUCCAGGACCGUGCCGAGAGGAAUGUCCUUACGGUCCAUUGUCAGGAUCAGAAUCGUUAUGCGGUAAUGGAUUGAAGAUUUGUGAAUCUAUGAACAUAGUUCUCGUUCCAGAUACGCCACGGGGGCGACAAGACUCUAAGGACAAGACUUGGAGUAGAAAAAACAUUGCGUUUCUGGUGGUCGGAUGCGUUGGAACGUGUUCUUUACUCCUUGUUGUCGGAUUCUUGGUUUAUAAUAGUCACUGUCGAUGCCGUGUCCAUGACUCUGGACGUCUUGAUGAUAAUAGGAUUAUUGUGGACGAAGAACCUAAGCUCGAGAAGAGACUGAGCAGUUUAGCUAGUUUAUGCAACCACGGGCAGCUCGUGGAGUUCACUAUCGAGGAGCUGGCUCUAGCCACGGACGGGUUCUCUCCCCGGUUCCAGCUAGGGAUAGGAAGCUUCGGGAUUGUUUACAAAGCUGUUUUGUCUGACGGACGACUUGUCGCCAUAAAACGAGCCGAACUAACGAACCCUGCUUCCUCCGGGAUAACGAGAAUCCGAAACAGACGAGAGGACAAUGACUCCGCGUUCGUCAACGAGCUAGAGUCUAUGUCGCGGCUCAACCACAAGAACCUCGUUAGGCUUCUUGGUUUCUACGACGACGCGGAGGAGAGGGUGUUGGUUUACGAGUACAUGGCAAACGGGUCUCUCGCGGACCACCUUCACAACCCUAGACUCGAGCCGCUGACGUGGGAGAGACGCUUGACGAUCGCUCUCGACGCAGCGCGUGGGAUACAGUACCUCCACGACUUCGCCGUGCCUCCGGUGAUCCACCGCGACAUAAAGUCUUCCAACAUACUGCUUGACGCCACGUGGACGGCUAAAGUAUCGGACUUCGGUCUCUCUCAGAUGGGUCCCACCGAGGAAGAGGACGCGUCGCAUCUCUCGUUACGAGCAGCUGGUACGCUGGGGUAUAUAGACCCGGAGUACUACAGGCUCCAGCAGCUCACGACCAAGAGCGAUGUUUACAGCUUCGGGGUCGUGCUGCUCGAGUUGCUGUCGGGACACAAGGCGAUACACAUGAACGAGGAGGAAAACCCUAGGAACGUGGUGGACUUCGUCGUGCCUUAUAUUUUGCAAGACGAGGUUCAUAGAGCACUUGACCGGAGGAUACCGCCGCCCACGCCGUACGAGAUAGAGUCCGUGGCGCAUGUCGGGUACUUGGCGGUGGAGUGCUUGGUUCCGUGCGGCCGGGAAAGGCCGUCCAUGGCGGAGGUAGUGAGUAACCUAGAGAAGGCUUUGGCUGCUUGUUUAGCAGCUCCACAGACCGAACCACUAUCAAGUCCCGCCAGUGAUUAGCCACGUGUCACUUUAUUUUUUUUGUUUAUAUUAUUUUCAAUUCUAUUGGUCUUUCCUUAGUUGGUACAGAAAUGUUAGAUAAUACUUUUCAAAGAAGAAACCUUAGCACAAGCAGUUUGAUGUGAAAGCUUCAAAACCGAAAGCCAAUAAGAUACGCUGCUGCAUUUUUCAAGCAUUACAUGAGAUUCCAAGUCAGUCGUGUGGGAGACAAAAAAAUAUAUAUAAAAAGCUUAUCAACUUGUUUUAAACUCCAUGAGAGAAGUCAAAAGUCAAAAUCCUCUAAUUCUAUUGCUAGAGAAAAAGUAGCUUAACAAUCAAUUAUGUGAAUAUCAGUGGAUGUUAUAUCACCAUUGUCAAGUUGAAUUUAGACGCUAACCUUCAAAAGUUGACUCAUUGAUACGAAGUUUUUCAAGAGUCUUUAAAUGAAUUAAUAACUAAUAGAAUCAAGUAUAAAAAAAAAAAAGAAUGUCAUUCUUCAUGAUUGCAACAAGAGAAAUACAAUGAGUUAAUUUUUCAGUAAAUCUACAAGAGCAUAAAGGUCACAGAGUCACACAUCAAUCUUACUGGAAACAAAUUGAUCCUUACUGUGAGAUACAAGUGGUAUCAAUAGAAUUUGAUAAAUGCGAGAAAGGGGAUAUUUACCGCUGGUUAGGUCCGUGACAAGAAUGAUUCAACUUGAAAGUGAAGUUGGAGCAGUGUUCCCUCUGUUGAAGCAUUUCGGAGAU